GGACUCGAUACCGGACUGGGCGCAUCUUGUAUCGCGCGAUAAAGCAGAACAAAGGGAGUCUUGAGCGAGGAAUGCGCGAGCCGAGCCUGGCGCCGCCGAAACAGGGCCAAAUGUUCUUCUGAGACCUGGAGAAAGGCGCAAAGUCUCUCGAAACAUCAUUUAACACAGCAUCGAAACAGACGAUUCUCAAACCGCAACAAACCACGCUAUUCACCAUGUUUCCCCAGAAUCGACCUCCGGCUCCAUUGCAACCUCCACCAGGAUCCUCAGCUUCAGCUGCAGCAGCAGCAGCUGCGGCCGCUGCUGCAUCAGGGUCAACACAACCUCUGAAACUCACUUACCCUGAGACCCUAGACCGCAUAAAGGAGGAGUUUCAAUUCCUGCAGACACAGUAUCACAGUUUGAAGUUGGAGUGUGAAAAGCUGGCCACGGAGAAGACAGAAAUACAGAGACAUUAUGUCAUGUACUAUGAAAUGUCCUACGGCCUCAACAUAGAGAUGCACAAACAGACGGAGAUCGCCAAGCGGCUGAAUGUGAUUUGUGCCCAGCUCAUUCCAUUCCUGUCACAGGAGCACCAGCAGCAGGUGGUCCAGGCCAUGGAGCGCGCCAAACAGGUGACUAUGGGGGAGUUGAAUGCGUCGAUAGGGGUACGUGGACUCCCCCCUCUGCCUCCCACACAACAGCUGCAGGCCCAGCACCUUUCUCAGCAUGCUGCCCAGGGGUUACCCAUGGCCCCUCACCCCUCCGGCUUGCCUCACCCAGGAUUGGCUUUGGGGGGCGGCUCCGGGCUGCUGGCCCUUUCUGGAGCUCUCGGGGCCCAGUUGGCCUCUAAAGACGAGCGAGCCCAUUUGGAGGCCGUGGCAGCGGCGGCCGCAGCAGAGCACCACAGAGACUGGCCGCGGGGACGUUUACCUGCUCUUCCCAUGAUCCCCAUAGACCGUGAACCUGGACCAAGUUCACUCUCAAACGGAGACAAAGGGAGGUCCUCAGACUACCUCAGCAAUGGAAAAAAGAGAAAAGCAGAUGAGAAGGAGUUUAUGACCGACUAUGGCAGCGACGCGGAAAAGAGUGAUGACAAUUUGGUUGUUGAUGAGGACCCUUCUUCGCCAAGAAGCGUGCAGUCGUACUCCUCAAGAGAGAACGGAUUAGAUAAACUUCCCCCUUCCCGUAAGGAGCCUCUGCCCCAGGCCAGUCCGACCUCGCUGGCUUCCUCCAGCAGUGCUGCUUCCCCUUCACGCAGCAAGGAGCCUCCACCGAGAGAGAAGUCCAGCACUCCAGGGAUGAAGCCUGGAACGCCCAUGUCCCAGGAGUCGUCCACUCCAGGCCCCAGCGUUCCUCCACAGUUUCGUCCUGUUCCUGGGAAACCAGGGGUUGACCCUCUUG